GGAGUCGGCUCCCGGAAUGGUAGGUCUGGCGCCUCCAUCUUUCCACCCCGCGCCCAGAUGGCACAAAGGGGCAGCGCCGCCCGGCUGCUGGCCUGAGCGGGGGACGAGCCCGGCACCGCCCCGAUAUGCUUCCGGAUAACAAUGCAUAUUUUAAUUGAUGAUGUCGGAAGCUAAAUCUACAAUUCCCUAUUCAUUCCAGCUUGUUAGCAACACAUAAAAUGCAAAGACCACAAUUCAGAAUCACAAAAACAUUACUCUUAAAUCUUUCUAGAUGAUUGUAGUUGCUCUGAUUGUGUUCUAUGCUAGCAGAAGCCUUCUCCAAGGUUUACUGCUGACUCUAGAGCAGCACAUCCCCUGCAUACUGGGAACUUUGGGUGCUAGCAACAUGGGCAACUCCUGUGUUUGUCGAGAUGAUAGUGGUGUGGAAGACAACGUAGAAUCCCAUAAUCAGCAAACACAGAAUAGUAGAGUACCAGUACCUGAAGCAAGAAGCCAUCCAAGGGACCCUGUAAGGCCACCCAGGAGGGGGCGAGGGCCACAUGAACCAAGAAGGAAAAAACAGAAUGUGGAUGGACUAGUGCUUGACACGCUGGCAGUAAUACGGACACUGGUAGAUAAUGACCAGGAACCUCCUUAUUCAAUGAUAACAUUACAUGAAAUGGCAGAAACAGAUGAAGGCUGGCUGGAAGUAGUCCAGUCUUUAAUUAGAGUUAUUCCAUUAGAAGAUCCGUUGGGGCCAGCUGUUAUAACCUUACUACUGGAUGAGUGUCCACUGCCAACAAAAGAUGCAUUGCAGAAAUUAACUGAAAUAUUAAAUUUAAAUGGAGCGGUUGCCUGCCAGGAUUCCUGUCACCCUGCCAAGCAUCGUAAUACAACUGCAGUUCUGGGCUGUUUGGCUGAGAAACUAGCAGGUCCUGCAAGUAUAGGCUUACUCAGCCCAGGAAUACUGGAAUAUUUACUGCAGAGCUUGAAUUUCCAGUCCCAUCCGACGGUAAUGCUUUUUGCACUAAUAGCACUGGAAAAGUUUGCACAAACAAGUGAAAAUAAAAUGACAAUUUCUGAAUCCUGUAUUAGUGAUCAGCUUGCUCUGUUAGAGAAAUGGACAGAUAAUCCAGACUAUUUAAAACGUCAAGUGGGAUUCUGUGCCCAGUGGAGUUUAGACAAUCUAUUUUUGAAAGAAGGCAGACAGUUUACAUAUGAGAAAGUUGACUUGACCAAUAUUAAGGCCAUGCUGAAUAGUAAUGAUGUCAGUGAAUACCUUAAGAUCUCACCACGUGGACUGGAGGCUCGAUGCGAUGCCUCCUCUUUUGAAAGUGUUCGAUGUACGUUCUGCGUUGAUUCUGGGGUUUGGUACUAUGAAGUCACAGUUAUUACCUCAGGAGUGAUGCAGAUAGGAUGGGCCACCAAAGACAGCAAGUUUCUCAAUCAUGAAGGUUACGGUAUUGGGGACGAUGAGUACUCCUGUGCAUAUGAUGGCUGCCGGCAGCUGAUUUGGUAUAAUGCCAGAAGUAAACCACAUUCCCAUCCCUGUUGGAAAGAAGGAGACACCAUAGGAUUUUUACUCGAUUUGCAAGAAAAGCAAAUGAUCUUCUAUUUAAAUGGAAACCAGCUUCCCGCUGAGAAGCAAGUGUUUUCAUCUGCUGUAUCUGGCUUUUUUGCUGCAGCUAGUUUCAUGUCCUAUCAACAAUGUGAGUUCAAUUUUGGAGCAAAACCUUUCAAGUAUUUACCUUCAAUCAAAUUUAGCACCUUUAAUGAUUACGCCUUCCUGACAGCAGAGGAGAAAAUAAUUUUACCAAGACACAGACGUCUGGCUUUGUUGAAACAAGUGAGCAUCCGAGAGAACUGCUGCACGCUGUGCUGUGAUGAGGUAGCAGACACAGAACUCAGACCGUGUGGACACAGUGACCUGUGCAUGGAGUGUGCCUUGCAACUGGAGACCUGCCCGUUGUGUCGACAGGAAAUACAGACUAGAGUCAGACAGAUCUCUCACAUUUCAUGACACGUGGAGAAAUAUCAUGGACUUAUUUCUAAUCAAUUCCGGCCAAUACUGCAAGGGACAAGCAUCUCUAACCAAUCUAUACGCACAUCAAAACCAUAGCCGUGACCAGAUUUCAUGCUACGCCAUAGUCUGUUUAUCUUAGAAAUGAAAUCUUUAAUAAACUAACCCAACUUGCCAGUGCUGGGGAACUGGCUUCAACAAUAGAUAAUAGUUCAACAUUUUUAUGGCUGUUAGUUAUCUCCAA